GCAGAGCAUUUGCUCCCACUCGCUGACUAGCUCUGGUUGCACCACAGCACAAAGGCCGAAUUUCUCCCUCACCUCUGGACCAGUAGAUGAGGACAACGUUCAAACUGAAGCUGUUCACAUGGAUAUUGAAAACAUGGUGCAAAACAGUGCCCUUCUAAAAGCCAGAGAAGGCGGACGGCGUAAAGGCAGGAGUUGGAAAUGGAGGGAUAUGCUUUGCUUUCCAAACAUCAGUCAGUGCAAAGACUUGGCCUCGAGCAUGGAGCGGAACUACUACAGUCUGUGUGUGAUACAGCCGAUUGGCCAGGAGCUUUUUUGGUUGUUCUGUCAGAGUCGGCCCGAACUGAAAAACCACGUCCAGCUCCUGCAUGACUUGAACUCCUUUGAGACGUUGUUUGAUUCGGACAGGAAGGAUUAUGGGACUCGUAUCAUCAACAGAUUCCUCAACAGGACGUCUGUGCAGUGUGUGCUCGCCGUGGCAAACCAUGAGCAAAGCUGCAGAGAGAGUCUAGAGCGUGGUCCCUGUGAAGAUGUCUUCCACAGCUGUAAAGAAGCCCUACACAAUUACCUCAGUGGGGAGCCCUUCAGCCAGUACCAGGACAGCAUGUACUUUGAUCGCUUUCUCCAGUGGAAGAUGCUGGAAAAGCAGCCCAUCACCAAACGCACUUUCAGACACUACAGGCUGCUGGGUAAAGGAGGGUUUGGGGAGGUGUGGGCUUGCCAGGUACGAGCCACGGGAAUGAUGUAUGCCUGCAAGAAGCUCGAAAAGACACACGUGAAGGCACGGCGAGGAGAGUCCAUGGCUCUGAAUGAGAAGGAAAUACUCGAAGAGAUGAACAGUCGCUUUCUGGUGAAUCUUGCAUACGCUUAUCAGACCAAGAAUUCGUUGUGUUUGGUUUUAACCAUGAUGAAUGGAGGGGACCUAAAGUUUCACAUACAACAAAUGGAAAAGAAGGGUUUAGCUGAAGACAGAGUGCGUUUCUAUGCUGCAGAGGUCUGCUGUGGUCUACUUCAUCUCCACCAGAAGUCUAUCCUCUACAGAGACAUGAAACCUGAAAAUAUUCUUCUAGAUGACAAUGGACACAUCCGCAUCUCUGACCUGGGCUUGGCCGUGAAGUUGUCUGAUGGACGCCGGGCGAAAGGCCGGGUUGGCACGUUGUACUAUAUGGCUCCAGAGGUGAUCAGUGACCAGAAAUAUGGCAUGAGUGCAGACUGGUGGGGUCUGGGCUGUCUGAUUUAUGAAAUGACUACAGGUCGAUCUCCGUUCAGAGCCCCAAAAGAGCAUCCUAAUAACUCAGAGAUGGAGAGGAGGAUAACUUCAACAGAUGAGGAGUACAGUAUGAAGUUCAGCCAUGAAGCAAAAAAUCUCUGCACCAAGUUGUUGACCAAAGACCCCAAACAAAGACUGGGCUGCCUGGUAUCAGGAGAGAAAGAAGUGAAGUCCCAUCCCUUCUUUCAGCAGAUCAACUUCCGGAUGCUGGAAGCAGGAGUGAUCGAGGCUCCCUUUAAACCUGAUCCCAGACUGGUGUAUUGCCAAGAUGUGCAGGACAUUGAUGAGUUUUUGCCGGUAAAGGGAGUAGUUCUGGACCAGACGGACAAUGAAUUCUACGCCACGUUCAGCACAGGAAGCAAUCCCAUACCAUGGCAGAAUGAGCUCAUAGAAACUAGAUGUUUCGAGGAGCUUAAUGUUUUUGGCCCCAACGGAACCCGAACUCAGGAUCUGGAACAGAUCCGAACUCCUGACACUCCCAGACGCAAUCUCCUGCAUCGAUUUUUCCGCAAGCAGCCACCAUUAGAUAUGUCUGAGGGAAACAGACAUAGUCUGUAAUCAACAAGGGCAAGAGGAAGCCAGGACCAAUUAGUCCUGCUCUCCGAGAACAACUCCAGAACUCAAACCAUCCCAUGUAGCAGCACUGCAGCUUUCUCUUUCAAAGCACUUCAUGGUUUAUGCAUAUUGGUGCUUUAGGUGUUCUUUCUCCUACAGCAUGCAACAGUCACAUUUCAGCUACAAGUGCUGGUCAUGAAAUUAGAAUAUCAUCACAACGUUGAUUUAUUUCAGUAAGUCCAUUAUUUAUUAUAUUCAUUCAUUUCACACAGACUGAUACAUUUCAAUGUUUAUUUCCUUAUUUUUGAUUAUUAUAACUGACAAGGAAUGAAAAUCUCAAAUUCGUUAUCUCAGAAUAUUAGAAUGACAAUUAAGACCAGUGCUAGAAAAGGAAUUUUAGAAAUGUUGGCCAACUGAAAGUAUGAACAUGUGCAGCACUCAGUAUUUAGUCGGGGCUCUGUUGGUCUGGAUUACUGCAGCAAUGCAGCGUGGCAUGGAGUCGAUCAGUCUGUGUCACUGCUCAGGUGUUAUGAGAGCCCAUGUUGGUCUGAUAGUGGCCUCCAGCUCUUCUGAAUUGUUGGGUCUGGAGUACUGCAUCUUCCUCUUCACAAUACCUCAUAGAUUUGCUAUGGGGUUAAGGUCAGGCCAGUUUGCUGACCAAUCAAGAACAGGGAUACUGUGGUCCUUAAACCAGGUACUGGCAGUGGCACUCUGUGCAGGUGCCAAGUCCUGCUGGAAAAUGAAAUCUGCAUCUCCAUAAAGUUCGUCAGUAGCAGGACGCAUGAAGUGCUCUAAAACUUCCUGGCAGACAGCUGUGGUGACCUUUGACCUCAGAUAACCCAAUAUACACCAGCAGAUGACAUGGCACCCCAAACCAUCCCUGACUUUGUCUUUAGCUCAGGUGAGACACUUCUGAUGCUGUCUCUUUCGAGAGUGGCUUGACACAAGGAAUACGACAGUUGAAAUUGUGUCUUGGUCCUUGAAGCACUGACUCUAGCUGCAGUCCACUCUUUGUGAAUCUCCCCCACAUUUUUGAAUGGGUGUGGUUUCACAAUCCUCUCCAGGAUGUGGUUAUUUUUUGAACCCAGCAAAUUGCAUCAAUUUGCUGGGUUCCUUAUAUAGGAAACUUUUUUCUGAUUGGCUUAAUGAACUGGGGCCUCAUUUAUCAAGCUUGCUUACGCACAAAAUGGGGGCGGAAAACUGCAUAAGCAACUUUCCACACAAACUUUGGGAUUUAUGAAAGAAAAUGUAGUGGAAAAAUGUGCGCAACUUUAAGUUGACUAAGGACCUGGCUUACACACAUGUUGGACAUGGAGAGCACCUGCAGUGCUGCUGCUGAGAAGGAUAAAAUUAUGAAAUCCUGCAGCAUUAUCACUUGUACUGCUUCGUUUUCACACAGAACAAGACCCCCCACACGCACACACACGCAUGCGCACACACACACACAGCCUGAAGUGCAGAAUAUGGAAUGCAGAAUAUCAGCAGGGGACAGAUUGAGACAGAAUGUCAUGCGUCUGUGACAGUGUGUGUGUCCUGUCACUGUGACCCGAUUAAUCAUCCGCCCUGCCUACUUGGACAAGGGAGAUCUCUGUUUAGCGUGACUUUCACCCGGGAGUCUGGGGAUGAAAUCCUUAUCGGAUCAUUUUUUUGUAUCCACCACAGAGCUCUCUGAAGAACUCAGCAUUGAUGGCUUCAGCAACGCUGUGCCACUCUGGAUUUUCUCUUAUUUGUUUUGAAAAAGCACUUCCUUUCAUUUCUCCACCUCACCCACAAGUACCUCAAUUUCUGCUUGUGAAAUUGCGCUUCCUUGAUCUGUGGUUGUGAUCGAAAUGCUGCAACAAGCCAGCUUAUGUAUAUGCAUGAGAUCCACAAGGCACUUUGCAUUGACUAUUUAUGGCAGAAAGGGGGUGUGGUGAGGGCGGGAUGUGACUAAAAAGCAGUUGAGAAACUUUCUAGAUAGUUUCUUAUUUAUGAAGCGGAGAUUGCGUCCAGCUGUGCGUACUCCAUGUUUGAUAGAUCACAAACCUACUUGGCGUAAGUAUUUUUUAUUUUUUAUUUUUAUUUUUUUGCUGAACUUAAGUACGGUUUUAGUAAGGAUUCUACGCAAUGUUUAAUAAAUGAGACCCCUGACCUGUAUUGGAAUGUUUACUAUGUGAAGUGCCUUGAGACGACUGUUGUCGUGAUUUUGCGCUACAUAAAUAUACUUGAAUCGAAUUGAAAGGUUAUCCUUACUGCUUGUACAUUUUUUCUACCACAUCUUGACCUUCCCUUCACCUCUCUAUUAAUGUGCUUGGACACAGAGCUCUGUGAACAGCCAGCCUCUUUAGCAAUAAUCUUUCGUGUCUUGCCCUUCUUGUGCAAGGUGUCAAUGGUCGUCUUUUGGACAACUGUCAAGUCAGCAGUCUUCCCAAUGAUUGUGUAGUCUACAGAGCUAGACUGAGAGACAAUUUAAAGGCUUUGCAGGUGUUUUGAGUUAAUUGGCUGAUUAAAAUAGCCACAUUUACAUGCGCACAUUUAAUCAGAUUGGGGAAAUUUGGUGCAUGUAAACGUGGCUAGUGUGGCACCAGGGGUCUUCAAUAUUGAACCUUUUAACAAUAUUCUCAUAUUCUGAGAUGCUGAGUUUGGGAUUCUCAUUAGUUGACAGUUAUAAUCAUUAAAAUUAACAAAAUAGAUAUUUGAAAUAUAUCAGUCUGUGUGUAAUGAACAGACCUAACAUACAAGUUUUACUUUUUGAAUUGAAUUACUUAAAUAAAUCAACUUUGUCAUGAUAUUCUGAUUUUCUGACCAGCACCUGUACAGUACUGCAUCAGCUUGAAAGGAUGAAAAAUGAACAAUUUUUUCUUGUGGUUCCUUGUGACUUCUUUGUCUACUAGAAAAUGGUAAUAAUGUGCAUUUCUGAAACAAAAAGCUGACAUAAAUGUAGAUAGAAAGUCUUCAUAUAGAACUACUGAUCCUCUGGAUUUUAUCAGGUUUAGGAAAGAGCUGAAAAUCUCUGGUCAGAUCUAAAAUGAUCACAAAAUAAUUAUGAGAAAAUUAUUGGCAAAUUCUGACUUUGUACCAUGUUUAACAUCAUAAAUGUCUGCAUUUAUGUUAGCAUGAGAUGCCCAAUUCAAAAAAACAUAAAGCAUCUUGAGUCCUUUUUUUAUGUAUCUAUUGAAAAUAUGUAAAUGCCAUGUUUAGUUACAAAAAUAAAUGUAAAAUGACCAGA